AUGGCUUUCGCUGGCGUCUCUGUCUGCCCCUACACCGAGUCGACCUUCGACGCCGGCGCCAUCAACAGCGGCUACCACUUGCUCGUCGUCCAAGGCUACACUCGUGUUACCGAAGACAGUAUUCCCCGCUGCGGUUACAUCCAUUCUCGCCCUUUCAUGGUUGGAGGACAUCUCUGGAGUCUCGAGUCGUACCCUUUUGGUUGCUGCCAAGAUGAAUUUAUGUCGGUUUAUCUUUGCUGUCUUGAGGAUGAUACGGACGAUACGGCGCCCGUGAGAGCUCAGUUUUCCUUGAGUUUCAUUGACCAGCCCGAGUUGCGGACGUCCUUCACCUGUGGACGCAAAAUACAUGACUUCUAUCCAGGCACUACCAAUAAUCUUUAUGGUGAAGAGAGAUUCAUGAGAAAGAAUGUUUUCGAAAGAUCAAGACACCUCAAGGACGACGGCUUCGUCAUCCGGUGCGACAUCCUUGUCAUUGAGAACAAUACUAACAAGACAGACACGGCCGAGGAGGAGCAGGUUCCCAUGGUAACUGACACUGAGAAGCAAGCAGAUGGCUCCGGCACUCAUGACACCGAUGCCGAUGCGGAGGAGCAGCCACCCGUCGACAUGCGGAGCCAUUUCAGCGACCUCCUCCGGACCAAGGAGAGCUCCGACGUUACCUUUGAGGUCGGCGGCGAGAAGUUCGCUGCACACCGUUGUGUGCUUGCAGCUCGAUCUACCGUCUUCAAGGAGAAGCUUUUUGGCAACGUUGUUCUGGAGGCCAAGGGUGGUGCUGUCUUAAAGAUAGAUGACAUCAAGCCAAAUGUGUUCAGUGCCCUUCUUACCUUCAUUUACACCGACGCGUUCUGCGGCAUGGAGGUGGACAACGAGCCAAAGCCCGUGACGUGGCUGCUGCAGUUGCUUAAAGCUGCAGAUACAUAUGAUCUCCAGAAGCUCAGGUUGAUCUGUGAAGAGAUGUUGGCCGGUCGUUAUAUGCAAGUGACCAACGUGGCAGUCAUUGUUGCGGUAGCUGAGCGUAGACGGUGCCACUGGUUGAAGGAAAUGUGCUUGGAGUUCAUCAAAUCUCACACCCGUUUGCUCAAGAUUUUCACGGAUGAUGGCUUGGAGGAGAUGAUCAGAACCUGCAGCCCCUCUGUUCUCAAGGAGCUCGUCGCCAAGUUUGCAGUUCCUAAUUAA